UUGUUUAAUAGUGUGCAAAAUUUCCUACAUUUUAUGAUAAAAAAAUAUUAAAAGGGAAGAAUAACAUAAAUAUAAAGUGAAAGUUGCAAUUAUAGGUAUUUUGUUGGUGUUUUUGUUAUUUUUCUUCUAAUAUCAUUUUUGGAUUCUUCUGUGAUCAUUCACCAUUAAGUAGCAGUUAAAUAAUAACAAAAACACGUGUGAUUAACCGUCCUCUAAGGAAUAUUUACCACACCAGCAUUAAUUAAAACAUUCUCAGCUUUAAAGAUUUCUUUUUUAGUUUUUUGUAUAUUUUCAUCUUUUACAACUCUAGUUUUCUUCUUUGUUAAGAAUUAAAAUCUAUCAUUAAAGUUUAUUUUUGUUUCUAUAAGAUAAAAUUCAUUUGAACAACAACAAAAUAGAGAAAAAUAAUUUAAAAAAAAAACUUUUAAACUUUCCAUAUAAAAAAAGAAAUAAAUUUAAAACAACAACACAGCAAUAAUGGCAACAACACCACGUUCUGGUGGAUCAGCAGGUGGUACAGCUCAACGUCCCAAUGGUACAUCGCAAAAUAAAAGUUGCCAAUUCAAAUUGGUUUUAUUGGGUGAAUCGGCUGUGGGUAAAUCAUCGUUGGUCCUACGUUUCGUAAAGGGACAAUUUCAUGAAUAUCAAGAGAGUACGAUAGGAGCUGCAUUCCUAACACAAACCAUAUGUAUAGAAGACACAGUGGUUAAAUUUGAAAUAUGGGAUACUGCAGGACAAGAAAGAUACCACAGCUUAGCUCCCAUGUAUUAUAGAGGUGCGCAGGCCGCUAUUGUUGUUUAUGAUAUACAAAAUCAAGACAGUUUUCAACGUGCAAAAACCUGGGUUAAGGAACUACAUAAACAAGCCUCACCUAAUAUUGUUAUUGCCUUGGCUGGUAAUAAAGCGGAUUUAUCAAAUAUUCGUGUUGUAGAAUAUGAAGAAGCUAAACAAUAUGCCGAAGAAAAUGGUUUGUUAUUUAUGGAAACAUCAGCAAAAACUGGCAUGAACGUAAACGAUAUUUUCUUAGCUAUUGCUAAGAAAUUACCUAAAAACGAUGGAGCCAAUAAUCAAGGUGCUGGUGCUGGUAGAAGACUAAAUGAAAAUGAAAAUAACCGACAGACGAACAAUUGCUGCAAGUGAUGUCUUUUUGUAG